AUGAAAGAGCAGAAACUCAAGGACGACAUCCCGGGCCUGCGUGAAAAGCUGACGGGGCUGGCAGGAGAAGUCGCUAUCGGAGCGGCGGCGGCACUCCCUCAUCGACCCGGCCUCUGCCCCGGAGCUGCUCCGGCUGCAGCAUCAGCUGGCCAGCACCCAAGACGCGCUACGGGACGCCCUGGACCAGGGUCAGCAGGUGGAGAGUCUCGUGGAGGCCCUAAGGGGAUGCUCGGACCGGGCCCAGGACAAACACUGACCCUGAGGGACACCAUCGAGUGGCCAGUUCCCACCAGAGCCCUGCCAGGCUGCCCUGGCAGCGAGCCAGGAGUGUCCCUUCAGAGACAAGACUGUGUUUGUAACCAUAAUGUCCUCACACGUGGACAUUCUUCACCCAAACCCCCUGCCGGACCAGGAGGCUCCCACAGAAAGCGCCUAGAAUCGAUGCUUUAGCUGUCUAACCCAGAGAUGAAUACUGCUCUUGUUCCAGCAAAGUCGGGCAGCCUCGUGCCACGCACAGACAGGAGGUACUUGUCAAAUCUUAACAGCCAAAGGCCCCACAAGGAACCAGGGGCGCCUGAGCACCCACUAGCCCCGAGGGUUGGGGAGGGUGGCCUUGCCUGUGGCAGGUGUGUGUGCAAGAAGCCAUUUCCCUACAAGAGCGUUGGCGUUCGUAGGCCUCUCGGCCUGCCCGGUGUGGCUGCCAAGGUGUGGCUCAGUGACGUCCCUUUUCCAAGCCCCUACCCUCUCUCCCUCCCUCUCGAUGGAAUUGUGGAAGUGUGGCUAGUCCCUCAUAUGGACAAUAAAGCUUGUGACAGGUGCAGGA